AUGAGUGAGACUGAUUUCAACGCUGUGGCUUCGCAGAUAUGUGCAUUAUCCAAGCAAUUUUACGAGAAGAACUGGUGUUGCGGAUCUGCAGGUGGACUCUCUAUUAAAGAUGACGACAAAAUCUACAUUACGCCAUCCGGUGUCCAAAAGGAAUUAAUGAGACCAAACGAGAUCUGUGUAAUGGAAAAUGACGAAUUUACUCACAUUCCAGCGGGGUUAAAGCCUAGUGAUUGUACGCCGUUAUUCAAAGCCUGCUACGAUAAGACUGCAAAGAUCAAAGCUGUCAUUCACACGCACUCUAUCAAUGCUAUUCUAAUUUCGUUACUUUACGAUAAAGUCUUUGAAAUUUCAAAUAUCGAACAAAUUAAGGCAUUGCCUGUGGAUUUACAAUUCAACAAGAAUUUGAAAUUUAGUGAAACUUUGAAGAUACCAAUUAUUGAAAAUAAAGAUUUCGAACAUCAAUUGUAUGAUGAUCUUGUGGAAACCAUGGAAGAAUACCCUGAUGCAUGUGCAGUAAUAGUUAGAAGACAUGGUCUUUUCGUAUGGGGUCCCACAAUUGAAAAGACCAAGAUAUACAACGAAUCGAUAGACUACCUAAUGGAAGUUUCAAUGAAAAUGUAUAAACUGGGUAUACCAUCCAAUAUUGCUCUUGGAGAAGAGAAAAAUUACAUUAAACCUUUAUUAUUAUAG